GGCGAGAGAGAGAAAGAGAGAGAGAGAGAGAGAGAGAGAGAGAGAGAGGGAGGAGUGACAGAAAGGAAAAGAAAAGAGGGAAGAAAGAGACUCAUUAAGACAAGUUGUUCUCAGCACUCGUUCUGCUACACAGACUCUCUCUUUCUCUCUCUUUCACUCACUCACAUAUAAACAUAUCUACUCCACGCAUUCACUCCAAAACACAAAGCAGAAGUGGACAAAGACAGAGUUGCAGUCGCGGCGGUUGGCUAUGGCUCAGGGCUCUGACAGCAAUGACACAAGCUACAAGUCCCCAUCACCUGGAAGCAGACCGGGCUCCUCAGACGAUGUAAAAAAGGUGAUGCGGCGGGAGAAGAACCGGAUCGCUGCUCAGAAGAGCAGGAUGAGGCAGACUCAGAAAGCUGACAGCCUACACUUGGAGAGUGAGAACCUGGAAAAGGAGAACGCCGCCCUCAGGAAGGAAGUGAAGCAGCUGACAGAGGAAGCCAAGUAUCUGUCGUCAGUACUGAGCAGCCACGAGCCUCUGUGCACCGCCCUGGCUCAUCACAGCAAUUACCAUCACCAGCACAUCACUGUACCACACUACCAGCACUGAUCUGAUCGACGACAUGCUGUGAAUAGACGACUGACCUCAAUGGAGACAGAGACUAAGUGGAGCUGUGUCUAAGAUUGUAAAUCCUCAUUCAAUAGUCAAUGUCUGCCAAUCAAUGACAGUAUAGAGUCUACACCCUAACAUGCAUAUUCAGAACUAUUUAUUGUGUCUCGCUCAUCCCUUUGCAUUUUAUCUGAUGAAUAUGUGAACUAAGUACAAUUAUCUACCAGUCUAUGUUUACAUUUCAAGAAAAAAACAACCUAUGGUAUGUUCAGGGGACCCAAGAUUUUAUUUUUGUAAAUUGCUUGUUUUUUCCGCGUCACUGAAAGCACUUAUUCUUUCAUGUUUUUUUUUUUUUUUUUUAAUUCUUGUGUUUAAUAAUGUGUUUUCAAUGUGUUAAUGUUGAUGGUUAAUGCUCAGGAGCUUUGACAGAUUUGAUUGUGGACAAAGAGAAUGUAACUUCAAGAUACCUUUCUUUAGAAAAAAGGCUGAAAUGUACCAAAAAAAAAAGGAGAAAGAAUGGGCAAUUGAAGGGG